AUGCUCUUAGUUUACAUUAUUUAAUUAACUAAAAUUUAAAUUGAAAAGAUUUUUAUUAAGAUUUAGACCAUAAAUUAUGAGGCAAAUCAAAAGAUCUACAUAGCUGAUUAGAAAUGUGAUAAAUUGGUUAUAGUAUUAAAAAGGAAGCUAUGCAAUGUAAAAAUAUUAAAUAUUUAAAAUUAAGAAAGAAAAAGAGAUAGCUACUAAAGGAUAAAUAGUUGGGGAUCAAUUAUUGCCUAUAAAAAAAUGGAGACAAAAUAAUUACUUAUGA